ACAGCCUUCAGUCACAGCAUUAAGUACAGUAUAUGCUCUUGUCUCCUUUUGCACAGGGACUAAAGAAAUGCACACGUAUGGUUCACUCUCAUAUAUUGUCUGCUUACUAGGUGUUACUUUACCCUUUUCCUGUCCCAUUCAGAAAAGUGUGUCUGAAUUCAAGUAAGUGAAAGUGUGGUUGUUACUCAGCAUAAUCUUGGAUUUACUUAGCCUAUUUUUUUUUAAAGGACCUAAUUUGCAACCUACCAAACCUUAAUAAACUCUGUACCUUUUACUAAAUAUUCUCUCCAACUAGUUACGUCAUACCUUUUAUCUGAUGAUGACAAAUUAACAUGUUCUAGAUGGAAAGGCACUUAAAAUGCAGUAUCCUAAAGACAGUGAUAUGGCUAUUUGUUCCUUCGACUACUUCUUGGCAGCAUAGCUACUUUUAAACUUUGAAAACAUUGCCAGGGAAGACUCGCACCCAGUUCUUGGUUCGUGCAUUGGAGAUACUACAGCACAGUAACAACGUUUCACACUGAUUUUUUUUCCUAACGAGGCUGACAUUGCUUUGUUCAUUUUAUGUUCCUUUUCACUAUUCUGAUUUUUCUCCCUCUUAGCAGUGUAUCCAUCAUGUUAGAUAUAAGAACUUUGUAAACCUAUGAUGUAAUUUUGUUGACCUGUUGUCAUUUUAGUAAGCUCUUUGUAAUAUGCAUGAAGUUUGUGACUUAACCAGCUACAGCUUAGUCCUUAAAAAAAAAAAAAAAAAAAAAAGAAUUCUAGAGAUUAAUGUGGAUGGAAAUGUUUCCUUAUUCUUAGCCUCUCACUGUGCUACAAAUCGAAAAGAUAGCAAAUAGAGCUUUAAGUUUUACAUUCACUACAUUAAAAUAUGGUCAAGAAAAAAAAAAAAUUGACCCAAAUUCUUUAAUCAGUGUCACGGGAGGUUUGAUUUUGAGAACUAAUAGCUGCCCCAUCCUUUGUGAUUGCUUGCUUACGUAAUUUGUUAUGAAAGAAUGCUUCUAGGUAAACUGUCUCUCCAGAAAGCCUGUGAUUUGUUCUGUUCUGCUUAGGAAGGGUUAAGAGGAGACAACAUCCUGUCAAAGACCUUGUUUUUAAUUUUGCCUCUCACACUGGCACAGAUCCUGCUAAGAGCAGCCCAGAUUAGUUCGGAAAACCUUUGAAGAGAUUUAAGAUGUCCUUCAGCUAGUUUGAAGGUUUUUGUCUUGCAAAUCCAGUACAAGGGCGCCUGCAGGCAUCUCGACCCUUGCUGUGCUGCUGAUGCAGCUCAAGGUCACACUAACCCGCCCUGUGACAUUCAACAACAACAAAAAAAAUUAUGCGGUGAAACUGCUUCAGCGUUUAGCCAACCAACAACUUCCUUUAGUGAGGAACUGAGGAAGAAGUCUUUUUUUUCCCCUCUUUUUCUUUUUUUGGGGGGGACUCUGUGAAUUUUUUGCUGUAGGAAAUAAUCCCGGAUUUAUGGUGUGUGUGAUGACAAGGUCAUUUCUUAAUUAGAACACAUGUAAAGAACAAAGCUAAAUGGCUUCAAAACAGCUUUGUAGUUGAUGGAGAGGAUUUAAAUUAUUUAAAGAGAUAGUCACCCAUGUAUGAUGGAAGCUGAAUUCUAAAGGCAUUAACUCCUUCUUUCCGGUCUACUUGCCAUUUCUUUCUUUGAAUUCUUACGUCUGACUUUAGAAGGUUGAAUUCUAAACGAAAGAAAAUUUAUAAAUGCCCAUUUUUCCACAAUGUGAAACAUAAUUUAUGAAUCAAAUUCUUGGAUAAACUUUUAAUGGAGAAGUUUUCUUCCCACGACAAUUCUCUCCUAGAAACUUCAUCAAAUGACUUGAUUUAGGAGCUAGGAAUUAUGAACUUUUCCCUCUGGCAACUGUGAUUUAUUUCUGAUGUGUUGGAGGGGGAUGAGUGAAGUGCUUUUUAUUGCCUCCCCUUGUCUUCCUCACUCUUAGCCAUUUGUGAUGUAGAAUUCUAGUUGAGCAAUUUAUCCCUGCUUCUUUACAAAUUAUAGCACCUAUCAUUCAGGUUUCUCAACUUUCAAAGAAUCAGCGUGGGAAGAGACAUGCUUUUUUCCAAGGAAAAUAAGGAGCAUUAGUUUAAAAUGGACUUUAAGAAAGUUGUUUCUGAACAUACGUAACUUUUUCAGAGCACGAGGAAACCGUGUCCAUAAACGUUAAGCCAUGUUGGAUUCCCUCUCCUUUGUGGGCCAUGUUAGCCCAUUUUUGUUCCUUUUCUGCUGCCUCCCAGUGCUAACUACCAAAGACAUCCGUUGGAUACAGUCCAAGUGGAUUGGCUUUCUAUGCUUGAGACUCCAUGCGUAUCACCUCUGCAGGAGCAAAAUAAUCUGAGUAGUUUGAUGUAGUUGUUUUUUUAAAAAUAUAUAUCAUAUAGAGAAGCAUGCAUUGCAGUUAUUUCUUUAUACACAGAAUCACACUGUGCAGAGAAAUUUAACAUCAACAUAAUGAUACCAGCCUAACAGUUUUCCCAGAAUUCGUACCCAGUUGCUUUCGGAGAGGUAUUUCCCAGUAAGUGUGAUUAAAGUAGCAUCGGGGCAAGUAUUUUAUGAAGAUGGAUAAUAUUUGAGGUGUGAUUAUUUGAACUGGUAUUUUCGAUUCCGUGGGCCACACUUAAAUGUAAGUGUGAGGGGAUAGCAUGAUAGAUUGUAUAAGAGCAAUUUAGAGUUAACUAGACUUACUGUUCUGAAGGAUUUUCUUCUGGUCAAGAAAUAGUUUAUUUGGGUCUUCCCAGAAAAGUAAAAAGGUAUGUAUACUAUUAGGUAAUGAGCAUUUUAAAGGAUUUGAGGCUUAUAAAAAAGAAAAUGCCAGAGGGAAAAUCUACAUGCAAGAAAAUGCUUAGCGUGACUCUGUACAUCCCUGCCCUUGCCUGGGGUCUGGUAUGCCCUUAUGUCAUGUAUGACCCAGGCUCACCUGCUAGUAAUUUCUAAUUCACUGUCCUAAUUCAUCGAUUUGUUAUCACUAAUUGUUCUUCAUUUACUUCUGUGUAGUUUCCAGUACCUAAAGGGUUGAAAGGUUGCUGUAAUUGGCACCCGCAGCUGCUCUUUCUUUUGACAGGGGAUAAUUUUGCAGCCUAUGCUUUGUGUGACAGCUGCCUAAUUGGGCAUUCUCCCCUUGUAGCAAGCCUGCCUCCUCCAGCCUCCCUGCUGACAAAUGGUGGUGGAUUAUAGAUGAGGACACGCUGACCCAUUCGACCUUGCUGAGACAGCGGGGAGGGGCCUCCUGCUACUUGAGGGAAGCUUUAGGUCAUUUAGAGGACAAGGUCAUGAGCCAGGUGGGGAAAUGACAUGAUAUCACAUGACAGUAGCCUGAUGACACGGUCAGUGUGUCAAGGACAAAUGCAUCAGUAUCGAUUAAACAUUAUUGCAAUACUUCAUUGAAGGCCCCGGUAUUUCUUAAUUGUUCCUGCUGCAUUUUUUUUUUCUUUUUUUUGAAGAAAAGGGAAGAGUGCAGAAUAAGGGAAGAGUGCAUGUUUUUUUUAUCAGUGUUAAAGCAUUUGCGUACAUGAAAAUAGAGCUGGUUUAGGAAGCCUCCUUUUAAGUUUCUUUGAUUAUGUAGAGUGUUUUGUUCUUAAUUGUUUCUUAGUUUGCAGACCCUUGACUAUCAGUACUUUUUAGAGUUAUUUGAAAAUUAAGGCAAGCAAAUGAAAAUGAGGUAAUAUGUGUUGUUAAAACAUAUUUAACAACUUCUGUCAUCACCCUACUCAAUGAUUGGCAUACCUUUUAACAUUUUGGAUAAAAGAAGAAGCCAAGUGAAAAUCCUUCAUAGAGAGGAACCUCAGCAUUGUGGAUUUAUGAGAUCAAAAUUACCACUAUGCUACCAUAAUUAUAAAGUGUUUAAGAUGUUUUUUUAAGUAACAUUUUAAGACCUGGAAAUAUUUUUUAAAUAGGUUGGGGUUAUACCUAGUAUAAAAACUUUAAGAUAAAUGAAAAUCUUCCAGAUAUCUUUUCAUUAUUGGUAAUGUGCAUCCUUUUCUUGAAGAAGUGGACUUGAGCUAUUUUAUUACCUUUUUAAGUUUAAAAUUUAAAGAAUCUUUGCUGUGUCUGUUAACCCUAUGUUAAUACCUGAAAGUAUAAGUCUAUGUACACUGUAUUGGAUAGUCCAAUUAGAAAAAUGCCAUGUUUAAAAAACUGAAUACUGUCAUGCAGAGAAUACUGAUCAUGAUCCUCAUCUCUGGAAAAUCAUAAUUAUUAUUGGGUACUGUUGGAUCUAAGCCCCCAGUCCAACAGGAGGUGAUUUUAUGCUCUGAAAUUUAAAAAAAAAAAAAAAAAAAAAAAAGAAAGAAACUAUUAGUGGUAAAGUGUGAUGAAUUAGUUCACCGAAGUAGACACAUCUGUAUUUUUGUGGCAUGUGCAUGGUGUGUGUGUGUGUGUGUGUGUGUGUGUGCGUGUGUGUGUUUAAUUUUGACCGUGCUGUGCAUGUGUUAGCUGCUCUCAAGCCCUGACUCAAGCUUGGUGGAGGUUUAAUCCUGUGCCCUUGUACACGUAGACUUGAUUAGUAGUUGUGGUUAUCUCAGCAGAAGACAUACCGCCCUCCUCCUAGUAUUGGUCGGGACCUGGGCAUUGGGGAGUCAAGGCAAAGGAGAAAGAAAAGAGAUUUUACAUUAGUAUUCUAUGAAAGCCUUACUGUCUGCAGAACAAAUUGAUUGCUCCGGUGUACCUGUGCUUGGCACCACUGCUGUGAAAGAAAGAGCACUGAUAUUUGCAUUUAAUUGGAAGCAAGAUGAAGAAGGAGCAGUGCAUUCACUAAGGAGUCUGUCUGCUUGCUUCUGUAGACCUACGUAUUAAGGAAUUCUUCUGCUUCUUCUUGCUUAGGAGUUGAUCUGCUCUGUGGUCCUACUGCUUUGGAGUUUGCCUGCUUUUUUUGUCAUUGCCAGAAGAAAUCCUGGUUGGAGUGAAACAGUGCAUCUCUGUCUAAUUACCAUGGAAGGUGAUAAACUGACGCCCGCUUAUUAAAGUUACAUCUCACUCCCCCACAGAAAACCAUUCUUCAGCGUGACUAGAAACCAAGCCCUUGUGAACACUUCUAUUGAACAUGACUCAUGGAGAAGAGCUUGGCUCUGAUGUGCACCAGGAUUCUAUUGUUUUAACUUACCUAGAAGGAUUACUAAUGCAUCAGGCAGCAGAGGGAUCAGGGACUGCCGUUGACAAAAAGUCUGCUGGGCAUAAUGAAGACGAUCAGAACUUUAACAUUUCUGGCAGUGCAUUUCCCACCUGUCAAAGUAAUGGGCCCGUUCUCAAUACACAUUCACAUCAGGGAUCUGGCAUGUUGCAUCUCAAAAAAGCCAGGCUCUUGCAGUCUUCUGAGGACUGGAACGCAGCGAAGCGGAAGAGGCUGUCUGAUUCCAUCGUAAAUUUAAACGUAAAGAAGGAAGCUUUGCUAGCUGGCAUGGUUGACAAUGUGCCUAAAGGCAAACAAGAUAGCACAUUACUGGCCUCUUUGCUUCAGUCAUUCAGCUCUAGGCUGCAGACUGUUGCUCUGUCGCAACAAAUUAGGCAGAGCCUCAAGGAGCAAGGAUAUGCCCUCAGUCAUGACUCCUUAAAAGUGGAAAAAGAUUUAAGGUGCUACGGUGUUGCGUCAAGUCACUUAAAAACUUUGUUGAAGAAAAGUAAAGCUAAAGAUCAAAAGCCCGAUACCAGUCUUCCUGACGUAACUAAGAACCUCAUCAGAGAUCGGUUCCCAGAGUCACCGCAUCGUGUUGGACAAAGUGGGACAAAGGUCAUGAGCGAACCCUUGUCGUGUGCUGCAAGAUUGCAGGCGGUUGCAAGCAUGGUGGAAAAAAGGGCUAGUCCUGCCACUUCCCCCAAACCUAGUGUUGCUUGCAGCCAGUUAGCAUUACUCCUUUCGAGUGAAGCCCAUUUGCAGCAGUAUUCUCGAGAACAUGCUUUAAAAACACAAAACGCCAGUCAGGCGGCCAGUGAGAGACUUGCUGCGAUGGCCAGAUUGCAGGAAAACGGCCAGAAGGAUGUUGGCAGUUUCCAGCUCUCAAAAGGAAUGUCAAGCCAUCUCAAUGGUCAGGCAAGAACAUCAUCAAGCAAACUAAUGGCUAGCAAGAAUACCACGUUUCAGAAUCCGGUGGGUGUUCCCUCUUCCCCCAAAAAUGCAGGCUAUAAGAACUCACUGGAAAGAAACAGUAUAAAACAAGCUGCUAGUAAUAGUUUGCUUUUACAUCUUCUUAAAAGCCAGACCAUACCAAAGCCAAUGAACGGACAUAAUCAUAGUGAGAGAGGAAGCAUUUUUGAGGAUAGCAGUACACCUACAACCAUUGAUGAGUACUCAGAUAACAAUCCUAGUUUUACAGAUGAUAGCAGUGGCGAUGAAAGUUCUUAUUCCAACUGUGUUCCCAUAGACUUGUCCUGCAAACAUCGAAUUGAGAAACCAGAACCCGACCAGCCUGUUUCUCUAGAUAAUUUAACUCAGUCCUUGCUAAACACUUGGGAUCCCAAAGUCCCCAGUGUCGAUCUCAAAGAAGAUCAAGAUACCUCAAAGAAUUCCAAGCUAAAUUCGCACCAGAAAGUAACACUUCUUCAAUUGCUCCUCGGCCACAAGAAUGAAGAAAGCGUCGAAAGAAACAGCAGUCCUCAGGAAGUACACAGUGACGUGACAAAGUUCGGUUCACAGAAUUACACGAGGACUUCUGUAAUAGAAAGCCCCAGUACAAACAGGACUACCCCAGUGAGCACUCCGCCAUUACUGGGAUCCUCAAAAGCAGAGUCUCCCAUCAACCUUUCCCAACACUCUCUGGUCAUCAAAUGGAACUCCCCACCAUAUGCCUGCAGCUCUCAACCUGAAAAGCCAGCAAAUACUGCAUCUAACCACUUGAUGGACCUUACGAAAAGCAAAGAAUCGCAAGGAGAGAAACCAGUCCAAAAUGAAGGUGCACAAAACUCUGCAACUUUCAGUGCCAGUAAACUGUUACAAAAUUUAGCUCAGUGUGGAAUGCAGUCUUCCGCAGCAGGAGAAGAGCAGAGACCUAGUAAGCAGCUGCUAAGUGUAAACACAGAUAAACCUGUAGGCAUGGUUGACAGAUUAAAUAGUCCUCUGCUCUCAAAUAAAACAAAUGCGGUUGAAGAAAAUAAGGCAUUUAGCAGUCCAGCAACAGGUCCCGAAUCAGGACUUUCUGGUUCUGAAAUAGAAAAUCUGCUUGAAAGGCGCACUGUCCUCCAGUUGCUCCUGGGAAACCCCAACAAAGGGAAGAGUGAAAAGAAAGAGAAAAUUCCUUUAAGAGAUGAAAGCACUCAGGAACACACAGAUAGAGCUUUAAAUGAACAAAUACUGAUGGUAAAAAUAAAAUCUGAGCCUUGCGAUGACUUACAUAUUCAUAAUACAAAUGUGCACUUGAGCCACGACGCCAAGGGUGCCCCGUUCUUAGGUAUGGCUCCUCCCGUGCAGAGAAGCACAGCUGCCUUACCAGUGCCCGAGGACUUUAAAUCGGAGCCCGUUUCACCUCAGGAUUUUUCUUUCUCAAAGAAUGGUCUGUUAAGUCGAUUGCUCAGACAGAAUCAAGAGAGUUACCUGGCAGAUGAUCUGGACAAUAGUCACAGAAAUAGUGAACUGACACUUCUAGAAUCAAAGAAUCUUUGCAUGGUUCCUAAGAAAAGGAAGCUUUACACGGAGCCUUUAGAAAAUCCGUUUAAAAAGAUGAAAAAUAACAUAGUCGAUGCUGCAAACAGUCACAGUGCUUCAGAAGUGUUGUAUGGGUCCUUGCUUAACCAGCAAGAGCUGAAAUUUAACAAAAGUGAUCUUGAAUUUAAAUAUCCUGCCAGCCAUGGUUCAGCCAGCGAUGGUGAACAUAGGAGUUGGGCCAGAGAGAGCAAAAGCUUCAAUGUUCUGAAACAGCUGCUUCUCUCAGAAAACUGUGUAAGAGAUUUGUCCCAGCACAGGAGUAACUCUGUUGUCGAGAGUAAAAAGAAAGGACACAAAAAUCCUGUGACCAACAGCAAGCCUGAAUUCAGCAUUUCUUCUUUAAAUGGACUGAUGUACAGCUCCCCUCAGCCGAGCAGUUGCAUGGAUAGCAGGACAUUUCCAUACCCAGGGGGAGUAAAAGCUCCCAUGAGCCCUUCUUUUCCCGAGCACAUGGGCUGUGCAGGGUCUAGACCAGAAUCUGGGCUUUCGAAUGGGUGUUCCAUGACCAGUGAGAAGGGACCCAUUAAGUGGGUAAUCACAGAUGCAGAUAAGAAUGAGUAUGAAAAAGACUGUCCCAGACUGACCAAAACUAACCCAAUACUGUAUUACAUGCUUCAGAAGGGAGGCGGUUCUGUUACCAGUCGAGAAACACAGGACAAGGACAUUUGGAGGGAGCCCUCAUCUGCUGAAAGCGUCUCACAGGUUACAAUCAAAGAAGAGUUGCUUCCUGCUGCAGAAACUAAAGCUUCUUUCUUUAAUCUCAGAAGCCCUUACAAUAGCCAUAUGGGAAGUAAUGCCUCUCGCCCACACAGCGCAAAUGGAGAAGUUUAUGGACUUCUGGGAAACGUGCUAACAAUAAAAAAAGAAUCAGAAUAAAAUGUACCUGCCAUCCAGCUUUGGAUCUUUUUAAAACUAAUUAGUAUGAACUUGAGAUCUGUAUAAAUAAGAGCAUGAUUUGAGAAAAGCAUGGUAUAAUUGAAACUUUUUUCAUUUUGAAAAGUAUUGGUUACUGGUGAUGUUUAAAUAUGCAUACUACUUUUUGCUUUACGUUAGAUGUCAUGAGGAAACUACUGAACUAGCAAUUGGUUGUUUAACACUCUGUAUGCAUCAGACAACAACUGUGAGUAGCCUAUGAAUGAAAUUCUUUUAUAAUCACAAAUAAUAGGCAUAAAUGAAAAUGUAAAUCUCCAUCCAUAGUGGAUUAAUGCAUUUUACUGCCUUUAUUAGGGUACUUUAUUUUGCUUUGCAGAAGUCAGUCUACAUAACACAUGUGUUUUUAAGUCCAAAUUGUUGAAUAACUCUUUAAAUGUUAAUUAUUGAAUAAAAAAACCUAAUUCACUUCUCAUUAUCCGAUUCAAAAAUAAAAUAGAAAAAAUAUGCUUACAUUUUUCACUUUUGCUAAAAAAAAAUUAUUUUUAACUCUUGGAAGGGGUUUUGUGGUUCCCAAUGUGUCUACCCCACCCCAGUCCUUUUCAAUACCUAAUUCUUUAAACCUUGUACUACUUAGUAAAAAUUGAUUACAACUGAUGGAAGUUUGAUAGAUCCUUAAAAACAAAAAAAAAGGCAGAUUUCCAUUUUUGUAUUUUAACUACUUUACUAAAUUAAUAUUCCUCCUUUUACAGAAUUAGGAAGUUAACAUUUAUCUUCAGGUGGUUUCCUGAAUAGUUGAAUAUUUAAGAAGUUGUUUUUAACAGAAGCAAAAUGGCUUUUCUUUGGACAAUUUUCACCAUCUCUUGUAAAACUUACUUCUCACCAUUUCUGUGGUACCUGUGAGUCUUAUGACCAGGGUUUCUUAAAAGCUGGACUCAGACCACCUGCAUUCGAAUCAUCUGGAGCACUUGUUUUAAAAUGCAGAUUCCUAGACGGCAUCUCAGAUCUACAGAACAGCAAUCUGUGCUAAGUGGACCUGGGAAUCUCCCAUCUGCAUCUUAACACACUCCCCAGAUGUUUCUUCUGCAUGUUGAAGUUUGAGAACCAUUGCUUAUGACUUUUCUCAGAACACAGGAUUGUAAAAAAAAAACAAAAAACCAAAAAAAAAAAAAAACAAACCCUAUUUGAUGCCUAUAUUUUCCCCAGUACAGUUAUACAUCAACCCAAAAUUUGCAAUAUUGUAGUUCAUAUAUAACCGCUAUGUCUUUGGAAAUCGGGUUCAGAAUACUUUUUAUGACAAAAAAAAAAUUGGGUGGAGGGGACAACUUUCAUAUCUGGCUCAACAUCUCAGGAAAAUCUGUGAUUAUUUAUUGUGUUCUAAUGAGUAACAUCUACUUAAUUAGCCUUAGGGAUGGAAUAACAGGGCCACUUACCAAACUCAGGUGAUUCCAGGAUGGUUUGGACACUUCUCCUGAAUACAUCCUUAAUUUCUAUUAAAAUCAUUGUCCUAAGAACAUUGCUGACAAAGGUGAAAAUACUUACUUCAAACCCACGAAUGGCACUAAACUCAGAUUGACUAACAGUAGAAAAGACAUGGCGUGACAGGAGUUGUACACAACCACUCCAUUGGAUCUAUUAUUUUAAAAUAGUAAUUAAAAGUAAACACGGGUGUUCUCUUGGAAGAACUUACUAUUGAGCCACAUGGGGUUUUGAUCUUGAAACGAAUCCAUAUGUUUAAGUGCAGUUUUUACAGUCCACCAUUCAUUCACCAGAUACUUUUGUUUUUAAAAGUGAACCAGGUUUGCAACUGACCUAUCAAAAAAUCGUUACAUAAUCAACUAUUAAUUAGAAGGAUAUCUAUUUGAAGUUGUUCUACUUGAAGUUGUUUCUAAGAUUUUUAUAUUAAAAAUGGGCGUUAUUUCCUAAUAUGAUCCAAAACCCUAAGUGAUUAUUUUUUCUCAAAAUGAUUUGUAAAUAGUUACUGGAUAUAUUAUAAAACAGUAGUCAAGAGUGAAUAUUAUGCUACAUCAUGGAGAGAUGAAGGCAUAUGCUUAUUCUGAAGUGGAAAUUCCACUGGCCAGUGAAUAUAUUCUACUCCAUCCCAUAUUUACUCUGUGACAAUCUUGUGACAAUAUAAAUGAGCUUUUAAGCAAGUCAUUUUUUUCCUGCCAUUAUGAAAAGUCUGGAGCCUUAGAGGUAGGUUAGAAAAAUUGUUGGUAUUCCCUUUUGAUUAGGGGAAAAGAGGCUUUUACAAAGGAGUGAAAUUUAGGUCAAGGAAAAGGACAUCAAGGGCCAGCAUUGCCACAUUUUUGUUUGUUUCUUUGGUUGGUUGGUUUUGUUAUCAUUAUUAACAGUUAAAGGGAUGAGGGUAUAUAAUACGUAGAUAAACAUGACCACAAGAAUGAUGUUCUGAUGUACUGGAGAAUGUCCCCAAUUUGAGUUUAGGGUGAUUUUAAAGUAGAGUGGUGAGAAAGGGCAUACAUCCAUAUCCACUUUGUUUAUGCAUAUGUAGAUACAAGGAUGCACAUACACACGUUUUCAAGGACUAUUUUAGAUAUCUAGACAAUUUCUUCUUAAUGAAGUCAUUUGUGAAAGGGUACUACAGCUCUCAUUGGCAUCAGUAAGGUAGCAUUACCUGUUUAUUCUCUGGUACAUCUUACAGAAGAGUAAACUGGUGAGAAUAUAUAUUUUAUAUAUAUAUAUAUAUAUAUAAUAUGUAUAUAUAUAUAUAUUGACUUGUUACAUGAAGAUGUUAAAAUCAGUUUUUAAAGGUGAUGUAAAUAGUGAUUUCCUUAAUGAAAAAUACAUAUUUUGUAUUGUUCUAAUGCAACAGAAAAGCCUUUUAAUCUCUUUGGUUUCUGUAUAUUCCAUGUAUAAGUGUAAAUAUAAUCAGACAGGCUUAAAAAUUGUGCAUGUGUGUAUACAGUUGCAAGUCUGGACAAAUGUAUAGAAUAAACCCUUUAUUUAAGUUGUGAUUACCUGCUGCAUGAAAAGUGCAUGGGGGACCCUGUGCGUCUGUGCAUUUGGCAAAAUGUCUUAACAAGUCAGAUCAGAUGUCCAUCCCAACAGGACAGUAUUCCAUUUCCGGACAUGACUUCUGUGGUUUAAGCUUUGUGAAAGAAUGUGCUUUGAAUCCAAGGGUCUUAAAACUUUUUAAAAUCAAGUCAACCACUUUUCAACAUAAAGAGUUCAGACAACUACUUUCAUGAAUUUUUUAAUCCCAUUGGAAAUGUAACAUUAUACCAAGAGUGUUCCAGUAUGCUGGAAUACAGGCACAUUACCAUUCAUGAUAUGAAUUCUGGGGUUUACACAACCAAUUUUGAUGCAAUCUGCUUAGUAAUAUAAUUUGUCAUUUUUAUUAGAAAUUUAAUUUCUUCAUGUGAUGUCAUGAAACUGUACAUACUGCAGUGUGAAUUUUUUGUUUUGUUUUUUAAUCUUUUAGUGUUUACUUCCUGCAGUGAAUUUGAAUAAAUGAGAAAAAAUGCAUUGUC